AUGGAAGAGACGGGAGAUUCAAAGCUAGUCCCUAGGGACGACGAGGAAAUAGUGAAUGACAACGAUGAAACUAAAGCGCCUAGUGAUGAAGAAGAAGGUGAGGACGUUUUCGACUCUUCAGAGGAGGACGAAGACAUUGACGAAGAUGAAGACGAGGCAAGAAAAGUGCAAGAGGGCUUCAUUGUCAAUGAUGAUGAUGAAAACGAAGAUUUAGGAACAAGCAUUUCCAAAAAAAGAAGAAAGCAUAAGAGAAGAGAAAGAGAGGAAGACGACCGAUUAUCCGAGGAUGAUUUGGACUUAUUGAUGGAAAAUGCUGGUGUGGAACGCACUAAGGCAAGUUCCUCUUCCGGGAAGUUUAAGAGGUUGAAAAGAGUGGGUGAUGAGGGAGAUGCAGCUGAACCAGAAAAUGAAAAUGUUGCUGCUUCAGGGCAAGAUUCUACAUCCAAAUUAGAGGAUUUCUUUUCUGAAGAUGAAGAAGAGGAAGAUUUAGUUUCUCGUAAAGGUAGAAGCAACGAAUAUGGCCGCGACGAAGAAGAUCAGGAAGAUGAAGACAGGACGGCUGACAAAGGUGGAAUUCUGGACGAAUUGGAUGACUUCAUUGAAGAUGACGAGUUUUCUGACGAGGACGAUGAAACUAGACAAAGAAGAAUUCAAGAAAAGAGGCAUUUAAGGGAACAGGCCACUAAGCAACCCACUCAAAUCACAGGUUUAUCGUCGGAUAAGAUUGACGAAAUGUAUGACAUUUUCGGUGAUGGCCACGACUACGACUGGGCUUUAGAAAUCGAAAAUGAAGAACUAGAAAAUGGUAAUGAAAACAAUGAGAUUGAGGAAGAAGAAAUUGAUGAAGAAACCGGCACUGUAAAAAGCUCCAAGAAAAAAAUCUCUUUAGAAGAUAUUUAUGAUUUGGAAGAUUUGAAAAAGAAUUUGAUGACCGAAGGAGACAUGAAGAUCAGAAAAACGGAUAUACCAGAAAGAUAUCAAGAGUUAAGAGCUGGUAUUACAGAUUACGGAAAUAUGUCAUCCGAAGAUCAAGAAUUGGAAAGAAAUUGGAUAGCUGAAAAAAUUUCAGUUGACAAAAAUUUCGAAGCCACUUAUGACCUAACUGAAUUCAAGGAAGCAAUUGGGAAUGCAAUCAAAUUUAUCACUCAAGAAAACCUAGAAGUUCCUUUCAUUUAUGCUUACCGCCGUAAUUACAUCUCUUCAAGAGAAAAAGACGGCUUCCUUUUGACUGAAGAUGAUCUAUGGGAAAUUGUUAGCCUUGAUAUUGAGUUUCACAGUCUUGUGUACAAAAAAGAUUAUGUCAAGAGAUUUUACGAAGAAUUACACGUUGAUGAUCCAAUCGUUAGUGAGUACUUUAAAAAUCAAAACACUGCAUCAAUUGCUGAAUUGAAUUCUUUACAAGAUAUUUAUGAUUACUUGGAGUUCAAAUAUGCCAAUGAAAUUAAUGAAAUGUUCAUAAAUCACACUGAAAAGUCGGGUAAAAAGCACUUGAAAAAUUCUAGUUACGAAAAAUUUAAGGCUAGUCCUCUUUAUCAAGCGGUUAGUGAUAUCGGUAUAUCUGCAGAGGAUGUAGGUGAAAACAUCAGCUCCCAACAUCAAAUUCACCCACCUGUAGAUCACCCAAGUUACAAACCGGUAGAAGUUAUAGAAUCUAUAUUGAACGCGAACAGUGGUGAUUUGCAAGUCUUCACCUCCAAUACCAAAUUAGCAAUUGACACAGUACAGAAAUAUUACUCUUUGGAAUUGUCUAAAAAUACCAAAAUAAGGGAGAAGGUCAGAUCCGACUUUUCCAAAUAUUACUUGGCUGACGUUGUGUUAACAGCUAAAGGUAAGAGAGAAAUUCAGAGAGGAUCUCUAUAUGAAGAUAUAAAAUACGCUAUUAAUAGAACUCCGAUGCAUUUCCGUAGGGACCCAGAUGUUUUUCUGAGAAUGGUGGAGGCAGAAUCUCUGAAUUUGCUGAGUGUUAAAUUGCACAUGUCAUCCCAAGCCCAGUACAUCGAGCAUUUAUUCCAGAUUGCUCUUGAAACCACUAACACCUCAGAUAUUGCAAUCGAGUGGAAUAAUUUCCGUAAAUUGGCAUUUAACCAAGCAAUGGACAAGAUUUUCCAAGAUAUUUCUCAAGAGGUUAAAGAUAACUUAGCAAAAAACUGUCAAAAACUUGUAGCCAAAACUGUUCGUCAUAAAUUCAUGACGAAACUGGACCAAGCUCCCUUCAUUCCUAAUGUCAGAGAACCCAAGAUUCCAAAGAUCUUAACUCUAACCUGUGGUCAAGGUAAGUUCGGAGCCGACGCCAUUAUUGCCGUCUACGUUAACAGGAAAGGUGAUUUCGUAAGAGACUUCAAGAUUGUCGAUAAUCCAUUUGAUAAAAUGAACCCUGAGAAAUUUGAAGACACUUUGGAUAAUAUUAUUCAAAGUUGUCAACCAAAUGCCAUCGGUAUUAAUGGUCCUAACCCAAAGACGCAAAAAUUUUACAAGAAAUUACAAGAGGUUUUACACAAGAAGCAAAUCGUUGAUAGUAGAGGUCAUACCAUUCCUGUUAUUUAUGUUGAAGAUGAAGUUGCUAUCCGUUACCAAAACUCUGAGAGAGCAGCCCAAGAAUUUCCAAACAAGCCGCCCCUAGUUAAAUAUUGUAUUGCCUUGGCGCGUUACAUGCACUCCCCCUUAUUGGAAUAUGCUAAUUUGUCAAGUGAAGAAGUGAAAUCGCUUUCAAUCCACCCACAUCAAAACCUACUUUCUGCGGAGCAACUAACUAAGGCUCUUGAAACAGCUUUUGUUGACAUUGUCAACUUGGUAGGUGUUGAAGUUAACAGGGCUACCGAUAACAACUACUAUGCUAGCGCACUCAAAUACAUUUCUGGUUUUGGCAAACGUAAGGCUAUCGAUUUUUUGCAAUCACUGCAAAGAUUAAAUGAACCAUUGCUGGCUCGUCAGCAAUUGAUCACACACAACAUUCUUCACAAGACUAUCUUUAUGAAUUCUGCUGGUUUUCUGUACAUUUCGUGGAAUGAGAAAAGACAAAAAUACGAAGAUUUGGAACACGAUCAAUUAGACAGCACAAGAAUUCAUCCAGAAGACUACCAUCUGGCUACUAAGGUUGCUGCUGAUGCUUUGGAAUACGAUCCUGAUACUAUAUCUGAGAAGGAAGAGCAAGGGACAAUGAGUGAAUUCAUCGAACUCCUAAGAGAAGACCCAGACCGUAGAACAAAGUUAGAAUCAUUAAAUUUAGAGUCUUAUGCCGAAGAACUUGAAAAAAACUCAGGAUUAAGAAAACUGAAUAAUCUGAAUACAAUAGUUCUUGAAUUAUUGGAUGGGUUUGAAGAAUUAAGAAAUGACUUCCAUCCUCUGCAAGGUGAUGAAAUUUUCCAGAGUCUAACUGGUGAAUCCGAAAAGACUUUCUUCAAGGGCAGCAUCAUUCCAGUCAGAGUAGAAAGAUUCUGGCACAACGACAUAAUGUGUGCAACCAACUCUGAAGUAGAAUGUGUAGUAAAUGCUCAGCGUCAUGCAGGUGCACAAUUUAGAAGGCCAGCAAAUGAAAUAUAUGAAAUUGGAAAGACUUAUCCAGCAAAGGUAAUUUACAUCGACUAUGCUAAUAUUACUGCAGAAGUGUCCUUAUUAGAUCAUGAUGUAAAACAACAAUAUGUUCCAAUAAGUUACAGUAAGGAUCCUUCCAUUUGGGAUUUGAAACAAGAAUUGGAGGAUGCCGAGGAAGAAAGGAAAUUAAUGAUGGCCGAAGCCCGUGCAAAGAGAACACAUCGUGUUAUCAACCAUCCUUACUAUUUCCCCUUUAACGGAAGACAAGCCGAAGAUUACCUAAGGAGUAAAGAACGUGGUGAGUUUGUUAUCAGGCAAUCAAGCCGGGGUGACGACCAUCUGGUUAUCACUUGGAAAUUGGACAAAGACCUAUUCCAACACAUUGAUAUUCAGGAACUAGAAAAGGAGAAUCCUUUAGCCCUAGGUAAGGUUCUUGUCGUUGAAAACCAAAGAUACAAUGAUUUGGACCAAAUUAUUGUUGAAUAUUUACAAAACAAAGUAAGGUUACUAAACGAAAUGACUUCUAGUGAAAAAUUCAAAAGCGGUACCAAGAAGGAUGUGGUAAAAUUUAUUGAAGAUUACUCUAGAGUGAACCCAAAUAAAUCUGUUUAUUAUUUUAGUCUGAACUACGAUAACCCUGGUUGGUUUUAUUUGAUGUUCAAGAUUAACGCGAAUAGCAAAUUGUACACAUGGAAUGUAAAAUUAACUAACACUGGUUAUUUCUUGGUUAACUACAACUAUCCAAGUGUUAUUCAACUCUGUAAUGGUUUCAAGACCCUUUUGAAGUCUAACAGUAGCAAAAGUAGAAUGAAUAACUAUCAUUAG